AUGCCUAAACAAAACACCAUCGUCAACUCUGCCUUCCCCAACUCCUCUCCCCGCAUCAUCCACUCAGAAAUCGUCCACUCUACGCUUCGGAACCUCGACUCAGCUGACACUAUAAGCCGAUGCAAUAUCAUUUCUUCAUCUAUCGUGAAGACUACCACCCCAACCAGCGCCUCAAACACCGACAACCCAGUAAACGUCCUCUCUGGCGGCCCAGUAACAUCACCAGACCCAACUCCAAUCAGGAUAACCCUCAAACGCAGCAAGAUCACCACUUCAACCCUCACGAACACCUCUCUUCAUAGGGCUACCAUAACAUCCAGCUCGCUUUCGAACAUCCCACGGGCUCGAUCCGUGACUGCAACAAGUAGCACGCUCGAUAAUGUCUCCCGGCUGCGGCGCGUCGACCUCGCAAACACCACUGUCACAGAGCAGAGCACUAUGGCGCGCUCGCAGGCCAAAGACUCUGUUGUGAGUCGGAGCUCGGUGUCCCGUGGAUCACUGGAGAAGAGUCGAGUACUGAGGAGUAGAGUGCGGAAAAGCCGGCUUAAGGACUGUGAGGUGAGCGAUUGUGUGAUUGUCAAUACGGACUUUCGAGGCAUGGUGCUGCGAAAUGGGGUUUGGAGGAACGGAAGACUUGUUGGCUGUUGUAGGGCAGGUGAAGGGGAAGGGGUUGUUGUGAAUGGGAAGAAAAUGGAUGCACCGAUGAAGGGUGAGAAGAAUAGCGGGUGUGGGAAGUUGAUGGAGGGGUGGGAGUCUGAGACGGAGAGCAGCGACGGCCUGGAUAGCGACAGCGACGACAGCAAUGUGGAGAUUGCAGGAAAAAAGACGGAGGAGGACCUUCCGCCACCAUAUACCCCUUGA